CAGAUUUUAAUAAUAAUUUAUAAUAAUAAUAAUUUCCAACAACCGGAACGUUUCAUACCUGAUCGUUUUAUCGAAGGUUCUAAACAUUAUUGUGGCUGUAUGAAUCCAUUUGCAUUUGUACCAUUUUCAGUCGGACCACGCAAUUGUAUGGGACAAAAAUUUGCUUUACAAGAACAGAAAAUCAUAUUGGCCACUUUGUUAUCCAAAUAUCGUAUAGAAUCCGCUGAAAACAUUUAUGGUGUUGCAAUAGAACCUUCAAUAGUUUUACGGCCAAAAUCAUCUGUCAACAUUCGUUUCAUACCCCGUGCAUGAAUGAAUGAUUAUUUAAAUUAAAUAUUGUACGCAAUGCAAUGGACCGGAAAAAAAUG